AUGGCUUUUCUAUUCAGCCGAAAUAAAUCAAGGCAGCCCGUUGAGGUUGCAAGGACUCUAAAAGACCUUUUAGCGCGACUGUGGCAGGCACCAGGCUCGAAGGUCGAGGAAGACCUCGCAAAGCAUCUGGCACAUAUAAAAUUGAUUGUCCAGGGAACACAAGAGAUAGAUAGCCUCCCGGACCAGGUUCAUCAGUUGGUGCAGGCUUUCAUCGCUGAUGAUCUAUUAUAUGAACUUGCCCAAAGUAUUCAUCAACUUCCAUUCGAGUCCAGGAAAGAUACUCAAACGAUAUUUUCCCAUUUUCUUCGCUUCAAGCCUCCCCACGUCACAUCCUCGGACCCCCCCGUGAUCUCGUACAUUGUCAACAAACGGCCUGAGAUCCUGACAGAGCUAUGCUACGGCUAUGAAAAUAGCCGGAGUGCGAUGCCUUGCGGUACAAUACUGAGAGAAGCACUUAAGUUCGAAGUUGUUACUGGAAUUGUACUGUACGACCAGUCUGCGAGGGACGAGCCUGCAAUCAGGCUCAACGACGUCCAGCCAGGUACGCCACAAACGGGGGAAGGGGUGUUUUGGAAUUUCUUUCGAUGGAUAAACCAAGGGAGCUUUGAAGUUAGCGCGGAUGCAUUCACAACCUUUCGAGAGAUUUUAACGAGACAUAAAGCUUUGGUGGCCGGUUACCUCGCAACUAAUUUUGACCUGUUCUUUUCGACAUAUAACAAAGUUCUAGUUCUUUCAGACUCUUAUGUCACCAAGCGACAGAGCAUUAAACUACUCGGCGAGCUUCUCCUUGACCGGGCGAAUUAUGGCGUAAUGACAACGUAUGUUGAUAGCGGAGAUCACUUGAAAUUGUGCAUGAAUCUACUUAAAGAUGACCGAAAAAUGGUCCAAUACGAAGGAUUUCAUAUUUUCAAGGUUUUUGUAGCAAACCCAAAUAAAUCCGUUGCUGUGCAGCGGAUUCUGAUAAAUAACCGCGAUCGAUUGCUAAAGUUUCUCCCAAAAUUCCUUGAGGAUCGAACGGAGGAUGACCAGUUUACGGAUGAGAAAAGCUUCCUGGUUCGUCAAAUCGAAAUUCUCCCUUCUGAACCCGUGGCAAAGUAA